GGCCGAUGGAUAAUUAAGAGAGAGACAGAAGUGGAUGGUGGCUGAACAUCGGCUAAUGAUAACACAGCAAGGCCACACCACAUACGAGGGAAGAAGGAUAAGACAAGGUAACCAGUGGUGGAGUUCAUGGCACAUGAAGACCGAAGACUCUCCUCCUCGAGAUACGAACCCCAAAUCUAAGCUAAACCCAGCGGAACCGGUGAUCCAGAUCCCCGGGGCCCCACCCAUCAGACGACGACCGGCCGAGCCAGGAGAAGACGCACAGGGACAUGGCCCCUCCGGUACCACCCCUUGUUCUGGGCGACACAGUGGGCACAGAAACAAACAACGGCGGGCGAGGAGGGAGAGGGGGCAACUCGGCCGAUGGGUGACUGAAAAGGGAGCCAUCGUCGUGUUGGCCCUUCGGCGCAGGGUUGGGGUCUGGCCCUUCGGCGGAGCGUUGGGGUCACCGAAGCGCUUGGAGAACGGUGAGCCGCUUCACAGUCUUUGACUCAGAAGCAGCUGCGUCUCCUUUUCCUCGUUGUUUAGUCUGCCUAAUGGUGGAAAGCUCGUGUUAAAGAAACACCGCGACACACUUGACCGUGAACAUGCAUGCAUGACUGCAUAUGCUGCCGAGGGCGAUUAGAAAUGCAUGCUAGAAAAGAUCCAGCUGUCUCGGUGUCCACUAUUGGUUGCAAUUUAAUCUUGAUGCUUUGGUUGCAGCUUUAAUAGUAGGAUCAUUCUUAAGAUCGGAUGGUAAGAUUAACCCCUUUGAUUUAAAGGUACAUUACACAGUAUCUAUUAUGUGAUUUGGUUG